GAGGCACAACGUGCAGGUGACAGUAUAAAGCCUGAUCACAGCGCUGCCUGCUCUGUUUCACUGACUAUCUUCACCUGGACAAUGACUAGAACUCUCCUGCUGUGGGUCCUCUUCCUAAACGCCUCGUUCAAGCCCUCAGAGAGCCACAGCCAUGAGUUUGAACAUGGGAAGGACUAUGAGGUGGUUCGACCCGUCAGACUUCACACAGUGAGAAAAAGACAUGCAGAGCACCUGAGACCAGGGACGAUGAAGUAUGCAAUGACCGUUGGAGGAAGGGACAUUGAAAUGCAUCUGGAAAAAAAUAGUGAACUGCUUACCAAAGACUACACGGAGACUUUCUACCAAGACGAUGAAACUAGAGUCACCACAAUCCCAAAUGAUAUCGACCACUGCUACUACCACGGAAAGAUUGUGAACGACAGCACAUCAUCUGUUAGCAUCAGCACUUGCGAUGGACUCAGGGGUUACUUCAGGACAUCGGCCCAGCGGUACCUGAUUGAGCCGCUGACUGCGGACGAUGAGGGGGAUCACGCAGUGACCACUUUUAAUGGCACGGACUCCACACCUGCAGUGUGCGGCGUCACCAACACCUCCUGGAGUGAUGACUUUGAACCCCCAACCAGCCGGAGCCGAUCCAGAUCAGCGGCUAAUUCUAUCGUCCAGAAGCAGAAAUACAUUGAACUCUUUGUUGUUGCUGAUAACCGAGAGUAUGUCAAGAUGAAAAAUGACAUGAAGGAGUUAAGAAAGAGGAUAUUUGAAAUCAUCAACUUCGUCAACAUGGCAUACAAACCUCUGAGGACCUUCAUUGCUCUGGUGGGUCUGGAAGUCUGGUCGAAAAGGGACUUGAUCUCUGUGACCACCCCCGCUGGGGCCAGUCUGGACGCUUUCAUGAAGUGGAGGAACUCUGAUCUGAUGAGCAGGAAAAAACACGACAACGCCCACCUCAUCAGUGGAAUCGACUUUGAUGGCGCAACUGUCGGUCUGGCUUUCAUCGGGACGCUUUGCGGCGCCCACUCAGUGGGGGUUGUGCAGGACCACAACAACCGGGCUAUUGCAGUGGGAGCGACGCUGGCUCAUGAAAUGGGUCACAAUCUGGGGAUGGACCAUGACGACUCCAGUGCCUGCGCUUGUUCAGGAGACAGCUGCAUCAUGGCUGCAGCCCUCAGCUGGAAUGUUCCUCGCACCUUCAGCAGCUGCAGCACCAACAACUACGAGAGGUACCUGACCAACCGCAGUCCCAGCUGCAUGCUGGACAAACCAAACUAUUUGGAUCUGGAGACUCCUGCGGUCUGCGGAAACGGUUUCCUGGAGCAGGGGGAGCAGUGCGACUGUGGGACUGCGCAGGAGUGCACCAACCCAUGCUGCAACGCCACCACCUGCACCCUUAGCGAGGGCUCCAAGUGUGCUGAAGGCGAGUGCUGCUACAACUGUCAGAUCUCACCUCGCUCCACUGAGUGCCGCAGGAAGCAGGACGACUGCGACCUGGCGGAGUACUGCGAUGGAAAGAGUGCAACGUGUCCCGAGGACGUGUUUGGCGUGAACGGGCUCCCGUGUGAUGGAGGUCAGGGACACUGCUACGACGGCCAGUGUCCACAGAGGUCAGACCAGUGCGUCAGGCUCUACGGAGGAAGUGCUGUGGAGGCUCGUCUGUACUGCUACAAACAGAACGCCAGAGGAACGUACUACGGCUUCUGCAGACGUCUCUCCAACUCCCAGUUCAUCCCCUGCCAGCAGGAAGAUCUGUUGUGUGGGAAGCUCUACUGCCAGGGGGGCAACUACAACCCAAAUUACGGCCGGAUGGUCAGCAUCGGGGACUGCAAGGCAGCUUUCUUUGCUGACUACACGAAAGACUACGGCCAAGUGGAUGCAGGGACUAAAUGUGGAGAUGGAAAGGUGUGCAGCCAGAAUCAGUGCAUGGAUCUGGAGACAGCUUACAGAAAUGUGAACUGUUCAGCAAAAUGCCCAGGCAACGCUGUGUGUAACCACCGGAGCGAGUGUCAGUGUGAGCCUGGCUGGCUGCCGCCCAGCUGCGACUCACAGGAUGAAUCCUUCAGUUCUCUGUCUACGGGAGCAGCUGUUGCCAUCGCGCUGGUAGUGAUCCUUGUGGUCCUCGGAGCCAUAUUCGGUGUGGUGGGCUACAUGUGGAAAAAACGACAAAGUCCUGUGUUGCCAGUCAGCUCACACCCCCAGAGGAAGCAGCGGGCCGUGAGCGCCUCCUCUCCGUUUCAAAACAAACCGUCUGUGGUCUCUCAACCCAUGGCAUCCACACAGGCUCCUAGGAUGAAGCCCAAAGGAGCUCCACCUCCACCUCCUCCGGCCGGGAACAGACCAAAGCCGGGCCAAACCCCCAAACCUGCGGGCCAGAACUACAUCGCUGCACGUCAGGCCCUGAGACCAGUACUUCAUCCCAAGGUCUGAUGUUUAGCAGCGCCAGAUGUUAAUAAACCAGGGGACACUUCUUUUGAGGCUUUGAGCGAUCUACCGAGGAGCAUCCUGCCACCACAAACUGCUGCAGCUCUCAUUGUUUUACUGCACAGCUCAAGGCUCUUCUGUUUUGCACAUGCGAGAAGAACUGUUACUAAUGUGCCACGCACUACAAACUUGAAUCAUGACUUUUUAUUCUAUAAAGGCACUUUUUUAUAUAAUAUAUGGGCGCUGGCCCUGAAUGUAAGUCAAUGUUGUUUUUGCUGCAUAGAACCACUGAGCUGUGAAAUGUUUUUAAUUGUCAAACACCUUUUCAAAAGCCAGCUAUAGAUAAAUAGUGCAUGGAGCUGAUCAGAAAUGCCGAUUAACCUCGACACAAGCGAUGGCCCUUACUGGCUCUGCGGGGCUGAAUGAUCCUGCCACUGGAAGGUUCACGUCUGCAAUUUCUGUCCAAUCACAAGCCAUAUCUUAUGUGAAAAUAGUGAAAUACCUUUAUUUUUAAUAUAUUUGAUAUAGAAAUCACAGUUCUGUAAAGUACGAAGAGCAUUAUCAGAUACUUUGAUGGACUAGAAUCUCCAAACUGACACUGGUUUAAAGGGCAAGCCCUGUAAAUUCAUGUAGAGCGUGUCAGACGAUAUCAGCGUGGAUUAAAAACACAAGAUGACAUCUGCUGCUGGUCCGAGGUCCUUUUCAACUCCAUAAUCAACGCUGGAGACUGAACUUAAAUGUCUGACAUAGUGCUUUUUUUUAAGUUAUUGCUUAUUAUGUUCCAACUGUAAAUAAGAGUUUUUGCAGUGCAGACGUCACUGUUGCUCGUCUGCAGUGAGGUGAAAAUGUACAGAAUGUAAAAUAAGCUCCGUCCCAGCUUUUACAUGCACACAAGAAUCUUUUUAUCAAACAU